AUGAGUUAUCGAGGAAGAGGAAGAGGAGGAUAUUCUCAUAAUAAUACUUUUCAAAAUAGAAAUUCAUUUGCAAAUCAACAACAAAAUGUUGAUUCAUAUGUAGCAGCCAAUGCUUAUCCAAUACAGAUAAUGGGAUGGAAUGGAGCAAGUUCUCAAGAUUGUGUGAAUUUCAUAUCAAGAAAAUGUCGAGUUGUCGUUAGUAAUUAUAGUGUGGAUCAAAAUACUGGAGUUUUAAAAGGUUAUGUAAAAAAUGAAUCUCAAGCUAAUGAUUUAUUAAGUUGGUCAGGUGUAAAAUUUGCUGGUCAAACAUUAAAAUUUUCAAAAGGUCCUUCAACUUUAUCUAAUCAAAUGGGUGGAAAUAGUAGUCCGAAUGGAUCAAGUACAAUUGAAACAAUAACUGCAUUUUUAAAAUCAAGAUAUCAACCAGAGCUUAAGAUGCUAAAUUUAAGUAAUGUGAAACAAGAUCCUACAUUGAAUGCAUUAGGAUUUUUUGGCUCCGUUUCAGUAUCAUCUAAAUUUUUCCCAGCAUUAAUGAAAAUUGCAAAUGAUUUAAAAAUAGAAGUUGAUAGUGUUGAUUUAUCAAAUAAUGAAUUAAACGAUUUACAAGCACUUUCAUCAAUGGCUCAAACUUUUCCCAAAUUGAAAAAUUUAUCACUUCAAAAUAAUCAUUUCUCAAAAUUGAAAGUAUUUGAAACAUGGAGACAUAAACUAAAUUUUUUAAGAGAAUUAAUAUUAUUUAAUAAUCCCAUAGUUCAAACAUCGAAUCCAAACGAAAUCCAAACCAUAAAAUUAGAAUUAAUGAAAGGUUUCCCAAGACUCGUGGUACUAAAUGGUGAACCAUUAAGAAAUGAACAAAUAUUAAUAACUAAUACAACUUUCCCAUUUGAAAAUUCUCAACCAAUGUUUUUCCAAGAUGGAGAUUUACAAAAUUUAUCAACUAAUUUCAUUACUAAUUAUUUAAAUUUAUGGGAUAAUAAUAGAGCAGAUUUAAUGAUUUUAUAUCAAAAUGAAUCUCAAUUUUCAAUGCAAUUAGAUACUGGUCAUCCUUAUUUAAUUGAAGAUUCAACAAAUCAUGCAAAUACAGAUUUUGGGAAUUAUAUACUGAAUUCAAGAAAUUUGACUCGUAUAUCUGCAGCUAAGAUAAGGUCAAGUAAAGUUUCAAUAGGUCAAGAACAAAUUUUUAAAAGUUUUCAACAACUACCUAAAACCAAACAUGAUUUAGCAAGUAAACCAGAAAGUUUUAGUAUGGAAGUAUACAAGUUUGCACCAUUAAAUGGAGCAAUAAUCACAUUACAUGGAUCAUUUGAUGAAAUUGCACAACCAGAGUUACAUGAAACACAACCACCGUCAGGUCCAAGAAGUACUUCAAGAUUUCAUUCAUCAAAUAAUGGAAACAGAGGUAAAAAAGUUGCCUUAAAUAAGAAAUCAUUUGAUAGAACUUUUUUAGUCUUACCAGGUCCAAAUGGAAGUAUGAUAGUAGCAAGUGAUUUAUUAUUAAUUAGACCAUUUUCAAAUGAAUUACCAUGGAUUAAAACACACUCACAAGAUCAACAACAAAGUCAACAACAAGCAUCAAUACAACCACAAAUAGUUCAAGCUCAACAACCAGGAAUAUCACAACUAACUACAUCAGCAACUCCUCCAGCUUCAUCCCCAGCCCCACCAACAUCACAACCCUCAUCACAACCAACAGCAACAAUAGCAGAUUUACCUCAGGAAGUAAAAACUAAAUACACUCAACCACAACAACAAGAAUUAAUCAUUAGAAUUUUAAAUGAGACAAGAUUAAAUUUUGAAUAUAGUAUAAUGUUAUGUGAAAGUUCUGGUUGGAAUUAUGAAAUUAGUUUAAAUAAUUUUAAAAAUUCUGUUUCUACUUUACCAAGAGAAGCAUUUAUAUAG